GUAACAUGAUGAUAUUAGUUGGAUUAACUCAACAAUUUAUAAUCUCAAUCAACAAUUACAUUGGUUAUACCAUAAACUGUUACAUUGUCUGAUUAGAAAUAAACUCAAAUCGUUGUGGUUCUUGGAAAUUAUUGAUUAGAUGCCCAACAAUGGAUCCAUUGUAACUUCUAGUGACUUUUUUUAUGGUAUUUCCUAGUUACUUAUGCGACUAUAGCAACGAUCAAAACAAAGUGAUUAACUGAAGUUUCGAGAUUAACUUCGGAAAUGGAUUAACCUUGAACUCUAUCAACCUUGACUUUUACCAUUGAUGAAACAAUUCAAGUGGGAAAAAAAACAAUUCUAAACUAAAGCUAAACUUUUUUGUGAAUAAAUAAUCAACUGAAUUUGUCUAAGUCACCAUGUUAGUUAAGUCAAAUUUGAUUGUUGAUUUACUUUUUCAUUUGAUUUUCUGUCCAAUGGUUUAUGGUCCGUCUUCAUUGUUUGCAUCGAAUGUUCAACCAUUAGGAACAUCAGAUUCAUUUCUAAACGAUUAUUACCUGGAUUCUGGAGGUGAUUCAAGUGCUAACGGUGCUCGUGAUUCUUAUGGUAACCAAUUGUCCCAAGGAUAUCAAGGUUCGGGCUAUCAGGCAGCCGAUUCAUCUGGAGGACGUUAUUCAUCUGGUAAAAAGGGACAACAAUCACAUUUAUCAUCUUCCAACCACAAACAAUCUGAUGGAUCGUUGAAACACAGUGAAGGUUCAAUCGAAGCGGAAAAAGAUCGUGUUGUUAAACACCAAUGGGAUCGAGGUGGUGGAUAUGUUAAAGAAUGGAAUUGGGAUAAAGGUGUUCACUAUGAGAAAGAAUCUGGUUCAGUGUCUGCUUCCGAUUUAAAGCACAAAGAAUCAGAGAAAUCUCGUCAAUCGGGUGAAAGGUCAAAAGGAUCAGCUGGAUGGCAAGAACAUAAAAACAAAGAUCAUGAAAGACAGAAAUCAUCAAACGGCUGGGGAAAAGAGGGUUAUCGUAACGAGGGCGCUAAUAAAUACGCUGAUCGAUAUGGUUCCGAUACUCAGGGUGGUUAUAAUAAAAUCGGUUCCAUCUCAGAUGAACCAUGGACACUGAAAGGUGAAUAUAUGCCUCUUAAAGCUGCUGCUUCGGGUCAACCCUAUGGAUACGCUAAGGAACCUCCUGGUAUUGUUAGGAUACCAAGUCGACCUCACGGUUAUCAACAUCAUCGUAGUAACAAAGGUUGGCCUGAGAAAUCAUAUCGAAGGGACAAAAAUGAUUACAACAACAGUUUACGAGAAUUAAUUGAAAAGAAGUACAUGCCGAUUUAUCGUAAAUACAGUAUGGCUGCGAAAAGAGAACGGGAAAGGUCUAAAGAUCGUUCCAAUAAGAAAAGUAAAGACGAUGUACCUUAUUACAAUGAUUUACGAUUAGCUCUUUCGAAAGAGUUUCUCAAACCUCAAGGUCGCUGGAAAUUAGGUCAUCUCUUUGGUAAUGGAUUAGAUUCAUUCUCACCUUCAUCUCGUUUCGUUUGGCAUUGAUACAGAUUCCAACCAAUUUCUUUAAUCAUGUGUAAAAAUAGAAAUUUUGAUCAAAAAAUCAACUCCAAUUGAACCUUUGAGAAACACAGAUAAUUGUAGUUAAUCAAAAAAAAACUCAUCAUAAAAAUUAACGAAAUCUUGAACUUAAUCAACUCCAUUAAUCUCAUCAGUUGAUAUCAUGUUAAUAUCUCCAUAAAACUUAAUUUUUUAACUUCUCAACUUUGUAAAUCAAUGAUUGAUAAAUUGUAUCAAUUCAAUUCAAUAAUUAAGAUGUUGUCAAAACAUGGAUUGAAUUUGUUUCUCAAAAAAUUUAAAACAAUCAAUAAAUAAACACGACAAUAAAUAAGAACCUUAUCCAGCCCCAUUUCCAUUAUCAUAGUUAAUUGUGUAGAAAAUUCAUCUCCCAAAAAAAAUCAGUUAAUCAUCUGAUAUUAGAAUAAUAAUUUCUGGUUAAUCAGUAAAAAAAAU